AGAGGACCAAUACAAUAUAUAAUACGGUUCGAUUUCAUCCUACUAAGGGUUACCAGAAGAAAGCACAGCUGACUUAAUUGAGGCAGAUGCAGGUGUGUAACCUGACUUUGACAACAGACCAAAGAUGACAGAAGAUAACAUAACACCAGUUGAGCUUGACGACAAAGUGCCGGACAUCUCGGUUGUCAGUUUGGAUGGCUCUUCACGUCCGCGCCUCUUGGAAUUUGCAAAACCACAGCGCCCCCUUGUGCUGAAUUUCGGAAGCUGCACCUGAGGCCCGUUUAUGGCAAACGUCGCCGCUUUUAAGCAGCUGGUGACAGAAUUUGCCAACAAAUCCGAUUUUUUAACAAUUUACAUCCGUGAAGCUCACCCCGUGGAUGGCUGGUACAUGGAAAACCCGUACAAACUGUAUCAACACAAAACACUGGAAGAACGCUUGAAGGCAGCGUCCAUCUUGGCUGAGAAUGACCUGGGCUGCCCCCUGGUGGUAGACGAUAUUGACAACACGGCCGACCGAACCUUUGAAGCGAUGCCGGAGAGACUGUAUAUCAUUGUAGAUGGGAAAAUCGCGUACAAAGGAGGAAAAGGACCAUUUAAUUACAACCUUGAAGAAGUCAGAAAUUGGUUGAAUGCGUUUAGCAAAUUGUAGAAAAAAAUUAGACACAUAUGGCCUAGUUAACAGUAGCCUAAUUAAGUUUUGUUUAAAAUUCACUCAAUGUUUGAAAGAGGACAUGGCAAUAGAUCCGGUUAUGACAUCGCGCUAGGUGCAAUGGCGAUGCAGGUUUCCAGUGAAGAUGCUGAUGAAAUACAGUGUAGCACCAGUUUUGUCUCUGCUAAGAAAUCUAAAAAGGGAGAAAAUAACAAAAUCAUAUAAUAAAAUAAAGAGCGACACAUAUAUGCUGGAAUAAAGUAGGCCUACCGGUAUUAAUUAUAAGCAGUAGGCCUACAUAGUAGGGCCUAUAGGACACUGGUACUGAAUUUAUAUUUAAUAGGGCCUAUGCAGCCGAAUUCUCAAUGACAUGUAGUGAAUGUGACCCAAACCCACAUGGAAUUAGUGCCUACAUGACGAGGGUAUUUUAAUGGUCUUCGACAGAAAUAUUCUUUGAUGCAUCGGCAUUUGCUCCAA